AUGAAGAUAGCAAUGAAACAUACGAAUAGAGAAAUCGAAUUAUCAAUAUGGCAAUUAUUUGCACUUAUUAUUGCAGCUAUAGCAUGUUUAUUCGCUAUAGUACCGUUCAUUUCUCGAUAUCAAUCGAAUGAAUGUGAUAUGAACAAGAUAGACAAUGCAGUCGAACCUCAAUCUUAUAAUUCGGAUGUUUCAUCGGAUUAUCAUCGAAGAUAUGUUCGAGAUGUUGGUAAUCGUGAUCAAUGUAAUAUUGUUCCACCGAUAUGUAGUCCAGCAACAACUACAAUAACAACACCACGAAGUACAGUUAGUACUGUAUCAGUAACACGACCGGUUAUCACUAAUUUCCCUACAUCAACACGAACGACUACACUCGAUCCAUGGGCUAAUACUAGUCGACCGUAUGACUCUUGGCGUUUACCAAAUUUUGCAAAACCUAUUGAUUAUACAUUACAUUUUGUUUGUCCUUAUUGUUAUACAUGGUCAGAGAGUAUACCUAUAACUACAUUCCAUGGAAAAGUAACUAUUCGUAUUGAUAUUUUAAUUGCAACACAAUAUCUUAUACUUCAUGCUAAAAAUCUAAAUAUAACACAAGCAAAAUUAAUUGGUGGUAGUGGAAGCACAGCAACAGUAACAUAUUUACCAGAAUUUGAAAUGGUUCAUCUAGAUUUUGGUCCUACACCUAUUAGUACUGGCCAAAUUACUCUGGAAAUUGAUUAUACAGGAGAAAUUAAUGAAGAAGAUAAUACUGGAUUUUAUCGUGAAUGGUUUUGGAAAACAAUUGGUGAAUUAAGCUAUAUAUUAGCUGGUAAUUUUCAACCAACUCAUGCACGAAAAGCUUUUCCAUGUUUUGAUGAACCAAGUAUGCAAGCAAAAUUUAUUUUGACAAUUGAACAUCCACAAAAUUCAACUAUUGCAUUAUCAAAUAGUGCUGCAUCGCUUCAAACAGAAUCUUUGACAACAUUCGAAGCAACACCAAUUAUGAGUACUUAUUCAUUUUCUUGGGCUGUUCUACCUUUAGACGAAUUUGAAACAGUAACACAAAAUUUUUCAAUUACUGAAGUUAAUAUUUGGGUUCGACCAGAAUUGAUUGGUGCAUCAAAUCAAUACUUGAAUUGGACAUUCGAAGUUGUUGAAGAGACUCUCAAUUAUUUGAAAACAUAUCUAAACCUAUCAGAUGAAAAUAUACCAACUAAACUUGAUUUGAUUGGUGUACCUGAUUUAAUUGUUGAUGAAAGAGCUUCAGCAUCAUGGGGUCUUUUAACAUUUCGUGAAGAACUUCUUAGUACUGAUUAUAGUUUAAAUUCUGCUGAACGAUUACAAACAAGAACCAAAGCAAUUGUUGAACAUAUUAUACAAAUUUGGUUUUCAACAACGGAUUGGUGGGAUAAUAUAUGGUUUGGUAAAUCACUAUCAUCAUAUCUUGCUUAUAAAAUGAUUGAAGAAAAGUAUCCAUCAUUUAAAUUAAUGGAACAAUUUCCUAUGCGAGAAAUGAUUCCAUUGAUGAUGGAUGAUUUUAAACCAAGUAUAUGGCCUGUAUCAAAUAAAAAUUUAACAAAUAAUGCACAGAUUCUUGAUUAUUUAUCAGUAUAUGUUUAUAGUAAAGGUACUUCAUUUCUUCGUCUACUUGAAUAUAUUGUUGGUAAUGAAGCAUUUCAAAGUGCUGUUCAAGAAAUUAUAUCAAUAAAGGACGUGUCAAUGAUAUUAAAAACAUUUUAUUCAAAACUUGUUCUUCCUCCAACAUUAAAUACAGCAAGUACGCCAGAAGAAUUUCUUCGUUCAUGGCUGGAAGAAAAAAAUUAUCCAUUAGUAACUGUUGAAUUCAUACCAAGUAAUGAUACAACCAAAAGUACAACAAUUAAUUUUCGUCAAGCACGUUAUUACGGUUCAUUUGCAUCAAAUAGUAGUUCAUCAAAUCUAAAUUAUGUUUGGAAAAUUUAUAUGGAAUGUGAUUUAGGUGGUGUACGUGAUGAAAAUUCUUUGAAUUUAACUGAUAAUCAUGCUCCAUCGAAAAUAAAGUUUAUGUUUGAAUCAUCAAAUCAUACAAUUGUAAUACCAAAUGAAGAAUAUGUAUGGAUCAAAUGUAAUAAAGAUUUUUAUUCAUAUCAAGUUACAGAAUAUUUAACAAAAGAAGCAGAUAUGUAUGAAUUAUGGCAACAUUUUGUAUUCUUACUUUAUGAAAAUGUAUUUUCUAAUACUGAUAAAGCUAAUAUACUUAAUGAUGCGUUUAUUCUUCCACAUGGUGGUGAAAUUGUUACUUAUGAUGAAACAGUAAGUCUUGUACGUGAAAUGACUGAAGAUCCAACUUCUUUUUAUCUACCAUUGUCUGUCUUCGUAUGGCAUUGGAAUUAUUUAAUGGGUGUCGAAGAACAUUCAAAAUAUUUUUAUAAUUUCAAACAAUUCGCAACACGACAUAUUAUGGAGCUCUAUCAAAACAAUAUCGAUAAUCUCCUUACCACCGGAGCAAAUCAUCAAGAAAGAUUAAUUAAAUCACUGUUUUUUGAAUUACUUUGUCGUGUUCAAAAUACUGAGGCAUUAAAUAAAGCUACUGAACUUUUUCGUGGUAUUUCAUCAAAUUAUUUUUACAAUUCAACUGGUGUUACAAAUAUUGAUCCUGAUUUUUUACCAACAGUUAUAUAUUAUCAUAUACAAAAUGCAAAUGAUAUAGAUGAAUGGGACCACUUAUGGUACAAUUUAACUGAAAAUUUAAAUAUAACAUCACAACAACGUAUUACAUUUUUACGAGCUCUUGGUGCAGCAAAAGAAGUUUGGCGUCUUAAAUCUUUAUUGGAAAUUGCUGCUGAUAUAAAUUCAGAUUUAAUAGAAACACAAGAAUUUUUUGAUUUACUUAUUUCAACAAGUCAGAAUCCAAGUGGACGUGAUGUUGUUUGGAAUUUUUAUCGUCAUAAUUAUCCAGCUUUACUCUAUAGAUUUGGUAGAACCAAUCGUUUAUUUAAUCAAUUAAUUGCUAGUAUUGCUCAAUCAUUUGAAAAUAAAUAUUAUUAUCAGGAGAUGGUUACUUUUAUUAAUCAAAAUCCAAGUCCAACACAAUUUCAACAAUUAGCUGUUGAUCAAAUUCAAAUGAAUUUCGAAUGGCUUGUCGAUGGCAUGGCUAAGUCUCUUGAUGAUGCUAUAUCAGUGGCCGAUAAGAGUGGUUCGAAAAAAAAACUUAAUUAA